UUUACCCAUUGUUGUCGCAAUUGUGGGGCGCCUUUUAUCGUUCUUGCUAACAACCCGUACGGACGCGUCGUCGCCUUCGUCGUCGUCGUCGUCGUUGUCGAUUCGUCCUCGUCCGAUUUCGCGAGAAAAAACAAGAAACAAGUAAAAGCAAAGAAGUGCAUCAUCAUCAUCAUUGUCGUCUUCACAUAGGGAACGUUUUUUUGGUUGGUGUGUUGCGGGCAGCAGCAGCAGCAGCAACGCGAUAACAUUCCACUACAUAGUGCCGCGUGUGUGUGUGUGUGCGCGAAGGAGUGGAAAGGUACCCUCAGCCAGAAUCUGCGUCGAGAGUAAAGGAGCCACCGACCCCAAUGGUGGUAGUGUCGGGGCCGCACCGUGUGGGCAUUCAAGACGCCCCAAAACACGUACACGCGCGCGUGUGUGUGUAUGAUCGCCAUCAGUACAUGUGUGUUUAUUUCUCUCUCUGUGUGUGUGUGUGUGUGUAAAACGGUGAAGAUAGUAAACGAACUGUAACCGAUAAAAGUGUGUCUCCCUGCCCUGAUGUGCUUGUGGCUGUAGCCGUGCUGGGGCCGAAAUAAGAAUAAAAAAAAACCCUAAAGUGAUCCGUGACCAAGGAGAAGAAGAAGAAGAAGAAGAAGAAGAAGCAGCAAACGUGCUAAGUUUGUGAAGGGAGGGUUUUGAGACUCCCGGGGCCUAUCGCCCAAUCGAAGUAAGCUGGUUUUGGUGGUGCCUGCCGAGUCGAACCCUGCCCAAAGGCACGACAGUCUGUGAAAUUAAAGCAACACCUGAAAAAGUGUGUAAAAUGUGCGUCGUGGUACGGUGGAAUCGACCGGCGAUACUGUAAAGCCCCCCUCCCACCCCCUACUCCUACUCCUACGUGCCGCGGGAAGCACCAAUGUGGCACCACUACACCGUGACAGCGCCACCCACCGCAACAACAACAACAACGACAACAGCUGAUCGACGCAAACGACGGAUGCACUUUUGCCGCUUGGUGGUGGUGGUGGUGGUAAUAGUGUUGGUGGUGGAUGCGCUUUCCACCGGUGGUGCGGUUCUGCUUACGGACGACGGGAACCGGCGGCGCUGAAUUCCCAACCCACAAGCCCACACAGAGCAGAGCAGAGGGGGAGGGCUAGAUACUCUAGUGGCAGCGUGGCAAUGACCGAAUCGUUCCCGUCGGCACUCGGCGGGCUCGGUAUGGCCGCCAUCAAGCAGCACCAGCAACAGCAGCAGCAGCAACAACCGCCCCAGCAGCAACCGCACCACCAUCAUCAUCCGCACCACCACCAGCAGCAGCAGCAGCAGCCGGGCGCGAUGUCGAUCGAGAAGCUGGUGCGCGUGGGCUACUACGAGCUGGAGAAGACGAUCGGCAAGGGCAACUUUGCGGUGGUGAAGCUCGCGUCCAAUGUCAUCACAAACUCUAAGGUUGCAAUUAAAAUAAUCGAUAAAACAUGCCUGGACGAGGAGAACCUGGCGAAGACGUUCCGCGAAAUAUCGAUACUGAAGGUGCUGCAUCAUCCGCACAUAACGCGCCUGUACGAGGUGAUGGAGUCGCGCAACAAGAUCUACCUGGUGACGGAGCACGCGGCGCAGGGCGAAAUCUUCGACCACCUCGUGGCGAACGGGCGCAUGCGGGAGGAGGAGGCGGCCCGCAUCUUUUCGCAGAUCGUGGCGGCCGUCGACUACUGCCACCGGAAGGGCAUCGUGCACCGGGACCUGAAGGCGGAGAACGUGCUGCUCGACACGGACAUGAACGUGAAGCUGGCUGACUUUGGCUUCAGCAACACGUUCGUCGAGGGACAGCCGCUGCGCACGUGGUGCGGUUCGCCGCCGUACGCUGCGCCCGAAGUGUUCCAGGGUGUGGAGUACGAUGGGCCAAAGUCGGACAUCUGGAGCUUGGGCGUGGUGCUGUACGUGCUGGUUUGCGGAGCGUUGCCGUUCGACGGCACGACACUGCACGAUCUGCGCAGCGUGGUGGUGGCGGGCAAGUUCCGCAUCCCGUUCUUUAUGUCGCAGGAGUGCGAGCAGCUGAUCCGGCACAUGCUGGUGGUGGAGCCGGAGCGGCGGUACACGCUGAAGCAGAUCGCGCACCAUCGAUGGUUGGCGCAGUACAACUCGAUCCCGAUGCUGGAGGCCGGGGACUACGGGCUCGGCAGUGCGGGUGGACCGGUGGUGCGCGAGACGGAGAACCUGGACACGGUCGUGAUGACGCACAUGCUGCAGCUGCCGGGGCUGACGGCGGACAUGAUUGCGCAGUCGGUGCACGAGAGCCGGUUCGACCAUAUCUACGCGAUCUACAACCUGCUGGUGGACAAGCUGCGGCAGAAGCGGAAGGAGAAGGGGCGGCUGCAGCACCACGCCAGCCUGGCGUACUCGCGCUCCCGCAAGACCAGUAUUACGACCGGCGUGGUCGACCGGACCGAGGUGAUCAAGAACGAUUCGCUCGAACGGUUGAGCCCGCUGACGAGCGUCGGCUCGACCAUACUGAACAUAUCAUCCGGGCUGGCGGGGUCGGAGGAGCUGGAGAAGUACGAUCAGGACACGGCGACCACACCGACCGGCGGUGCACCGGCGAGACAGUCGGACGUUGGGACGACUCUUGGUAGCGAUCAGCAGCAGCACCAGCAGCAGCAUCCGCAGCAUCAACAGCAGCAACAGUAUCAACAACAUCUUUUCCCACCGCCAAGCUGCCAUGGGGCAAAUGGGGCGGGCGGUGGUGGUGGUAAUACACGGCGGCACACGGUCGGACCGGGUGAUGUGGCGCACGAGCAGGUACUGGUCAACCCGAACGUGGUGCCGAUCAGCUUCAAGAUUGGGCCGCACGAACCGCCGGUCCCGCCGACACCGAACGUGCCGAUCAACAUUCCUUCGCUGCAGAACCAACCAAUCCACAAUCUGACCAUCAAGGAUCAGCAUCUGCUCAAGCCGCCGACUGUGAUGGGUGCAACGAGCUCCUUUGGCCGCCGGGCAUCGGAUGGUGGAGCGAAUCUGCAAAUUUACUACCCUUCGUCGUCUACCAACUUCCACGAUCAACAUCAUUCACACCAGCAGCAGCCGCAACAGCCGCAGUCACAGCAGUCGCAACAGCAGUCGCAACAGCAGCAAGGAGAUGGAUCGUUGCUGGGUGCGAGUGGGCCGACUUCCGCCCUUGGACCGAUUAGCGGCGCGGUAAACAAUUCCACGCUCAUGAUGGACCACGUGAUGAUGCUGCAGACGCCCAACAGCGAGGGCACGGAUGAUUCGAAUGAUGAAAUUCAGAGAUACAUGCAUGGACGCGGUUGCACCAAACGGCAUACCGUCGGCUGUACGGAUGAUCUGUCCGCCGGGAACGCGUCACCGAUGGAACCUCCGCAGGCACACUCGCCGGCCCCGUCGGCGGGCGGCACAAGCAGUACCGGUGCGGGCGGUGGAGGCCGCACUCGGCGUACCGGUCUGCUGACCGUGAUGGAACGUCCGCCCGUGAUAAGCCCGGACCUGAUACGGGAGGUGGAGGCACGCAUGAACCGCGACUAUUUGCCACCCUCGCUGCUGCCGCCCGUCUGCUCGCAGGCAUCGUCGGCAAUGGUCAAGCACCACGGUCCACUGGACGGCAUGGGAGGACCGCACGGACCCCAAUCGCACCCGCCCCCGAUGGUCUGUCCACCAGCCGUGCCGACGCCACCACCGGCUCACCAGCAGCCCCUACAGCAGCAGCAGCAGCAGCAGCAGCAGCAGCAGCAGCAGCAACAGCAGCAGCAGGCGGUAGUAGUGGUACAGUCGCAGCUCUGUAACCGACGCUACGCCACCCGCACAUGUAAGCUCCCGACGGUACAGGAAAUUGGCCGUUACAGCCCGGUGCGCCGCGCGUCCGAGGGCUCCCGCAUCACGUCCCAGUUCCAGGGCCCGUUCCAGGAGUGCCAGCAGCUGCAGAAGGGUCUGCACGCGGCCGCAAUAGCGGCGUCGCAGCAGCAGCGCAGCAACAAUCUGCUGAUAACGCCGAGUCCGCCGCUCGCGGACAACUCCGUCAGCCUGCCCGGCUCCCCGAUGCACUGCAAAGCGUUCGUGGACGAGCGGAGCAGUGCCGGCGCCACCGCUGGAACCCUGCCCGACAUUACCGUGCCGCACGACGUGCUGCUGUCGCUGGUGCCCGGGCUGGAGAAGCUGGUGCAGGAAAAUCGGCUGCAGAUCGACACGGCCAACAGCAUCCUGCACACGCGCACCAUGCCGUACGAGGUGGGCCACCAGCUGGGGCUGGUGCGGGGUGGUGGUAGCCCCGCAGGAGCAGGAGGUGGUGGGACGCUGCUGCUGGAUGCCGGCAUGAAUCUGUUGCAGCUGCAGCACAGCCAGAGUGUAUCGCCGCUGAAUGCAACGCUAAGGCAUCAUGGUGGUGGUGGCGCUGGUGUAGGGGCCGGUUACGGUGGUGCAGGAGGACGGCCCACCGGCUUCCCGAUGCUGGGUGGCGGCAUGCAACCGAGCUACAUUGCGGGCGGCGGCGGCGGCGGCGCGUUUGGCAAUCCGUACGCGUUCCAGAACCUGAUGGCGGCACCGGGCGGCGCAAUGUCGACGGUGAACGCUUCCAGUACGGGAAUGUGCCAUCUGUCGGGGCUGGAGUACCCGGGCAGCAACAGCAACAGCGGCUGUCCGUCUCCCGUGUACUACGCGAGCGGUUGCUCCUCGCCCAUCCUGCCCGGUCCGCCGGCCUCGAUCGUGAGCGGCUGCAGCGGGAACAUGAGCGGCAGUGGGAGUGGUAGCGGUGGUGGUGGGACUGGUUCGGCAAGCGCUGGUGGUGGUGGUGCUGCCUCCCCAAUGCAUCAAAUUACGCGUGGCAUCAGCACGUUGAAUACGGGUGGCGGUGGUGGCAGUGCCACCGGCAGCACCACAAUGGCGGGCGGUUCGAUUACGCGCGGCACCUCGUCCGCGGUGACGGCCGCCUUCCCGCCCUCGGUGGCCUGCAACGAGCCGCUCGAUCUCAGCAUGGACAUCGUGAACAGCGUGGAGAUCGAUUUUUCCGGCCGCAUAGUGGGGGGCUGCUACUCGGGCGCCACCACACCGGUCAACUACUUCGAUCCGAAGAACUACGGGCUGCUGCCGCCACCGCCACCGCAAACGAUGCGCAUCUGUGCGACGCCGCCCACCUCGCCCAACAACCUGUGCAUCAUCCAGGAGGAGCACCCGACGGCGACCGGGACGACUGCCGCCGGAGGGGCAGGCACCGCGUUCAAGAGCCACUCGGCGAACGGGUCGCCGGAGGAUCUUAGCUUCCAGCACACGCACCCACAGAUCUGCCUGACGGACGUGCAGGGCAGCGAGAUCACGCUCGUCGCGCUGUCCGACUCGAGCCACGGCGAUAGUGACGAUUCGCUCAACUGUCCGACCGGGGGCAGCAGCGCCACGACGAGCGGGCUCGGCUUUUCCGGGCUGCUCAUUACCGAGCCGGCGAGCGACAUGCCGUCGAUAACGCGGGGCGUCGGGCGGAAGGCAAGCCUCGACACGGAGAACAACUCGACGGCGACGGCGAGCAGCAACUCGGCGAAGCUGGACACGUCCGACAUUAGCGAGUCGUACGUGCGGCGGGGCAGCGAUAAGUCGCUCGGGUUUAGCGACGACAGUCUGAGCAACGAUUCGAACCAUUCGAACCUGUCGCCGAGUCAGGAACCGUCGGCUGCCAGCUCGGGCUUCAAGAGUGCCGACUCGUACUCGGAGCAGGACGGUGGCCGGCUCAGCCCGGACUCGCUCGGCGAGGGGGGCGCGCGCAGCUCGGACGAAUGCUACGAGCUGCCGCUGCCGCAGGAAUGCUCCUCGCUGGACUCGGCGCGCAUACUGGAGAUGGUGAAGCGGACGCUCGACUCGACGAUGCCGCCCAAGGGCUGCGUUUACGGUGUGACGGGCAGUGGCGGAGGUCAUGGCAGCAAAUCGGCGAGUGGGAUGGAUUCGAAUCCGCUGGGCGAUGGUGGUGGUGGUAGCAGAUCGACCGCUGCUGGCGGAGAGGAUCGAUCGAGCCAUGGUGCCCUCGGCGGUGCGGAUGGAGGAGCGACUGGGUCGGUUCGCGGUGGCAGCGGGGCCAAUUCCGAGGCACGGUCCAACCUGAGUCUGGAGUUUUCCGGCGGCCUGCAGAUCGAGCUGCAGGUGUACGAGGGCCGCAACAGCAAGGACAGCAAUACGAGCAAGGGCAUCAAGCUGCGGCGGAUCUCGGGCGACCAGUACGAGUACGGGAAGCUCUGCCAGCAGCUCAUUACCUCCCUGACGGUGUAGACUGCUUUUAUGUGUGUUUUUUUUUUUUUUGGCUCUUUCUUUCUCCAUUUAACAAAAGCAAUCUUUAGUGUAGUUGCUGCUGGCUCACGGGCGAUGGGGAGGAACACACAUUCAACCGUAGGUAGGCAGGGCACCACCACCACUCCAAGCAUGCACCAGAGUGCGUCAGGCAGACGCAUCAGACAUUGUGCUGUUACUUUUUUUUUAAAUCUCACCGUGUGUGUAUGUGUGUGUGCGUGUUUGAACACCGGUUUUAGUUCAAUGAUGAAACAAGACUAAUGGCUAAUAGUAGACUAAUGGCCACAGGGGGUCGUGCCGCGCCAAGCAAGUAGGGGAAGUGAUUUAAAUGCGUUAAUUUUUAUUUAGGUUUAUCUUUUUAUUCGAUUUCAGACCAAUUUUUAACCGUCGACGAGAGGGGUAGGGAGCGUCAGAAGAGGGAAGUAGAUGCCACAGACACACCUGAAGGGCACACAGUAAGCUAGGGUGUAGAAAGAGCGAGAGAGAGAGAGAGCGAGUUAUGCCUUGAUGAUUUUGCCAAUGAGGGAAUUUCCCCGUGCUCCGCGUGCGCAAUAGCCAAUAGUAGAUAGUUUAUAUCCUUGUUCGUGUAUGUGUAUAGUAUUGUUAAUAUAGUAGAGAGAGAGAGAGAGAAACGCGAGUACGCAAAAGUCAUGCGUAGGCCGGAACCGAGACAGCAGACAAAAAUAAUGGGAUGAGCGAUUAGGCCCUUCCCAGAACACCCGCUCUGUGUCUCACAGCAAUACUGCAUUAUUACGAGGAGCAAAUGAUUUUGGUUUUUAAAACGGAACGGAACGUUUCUUAACGUCUUUAGGGAUUGUUUUAAAAGGAUGAUGGGUGUACGCUAGCUACUAGCCGUUGAAGGCAAAGACAUAUGUUGAGGUUUUAGUUGUUACGUUCGUAUGCAAUACACGGUUCUGUUGUAGUGUGCUGCAUGACUUUCGUGAGAUGGAUCGAGCUAUUGCCCAUGUUCAUGGCAGCAGAGGUUCGUCGCCUAAUAAUCAUCCGUAGAAAGACUUAUUUAAUCGAUAGUGAUUCAGCUCAGACAAAACAAAAACAAACUGUUUGUGUUCAAAUGCUGCUAAUCCAAAACGGCAAAAGAUACGUUCCAAAAGAUGGUGCAAAGUAUCCUACUACUGUGUAAACCUUUCCAACCUUCCUGUCGAAAAAGCGGCGGUCAGUCUGACAUGGGCGAAGGGGUGGGGGGGGGGGGACACAGGGGGGGGACGAUCGUGUUUUAGUCAUCAAUCAAAACGAUCUCCGGCUUUCGGUUGUCGCAAGAGCCGCCGCUUGUUUGUGCAAUCGAUAUCUCGUACAGUUGGUUUUGUGUUACACAUAGCCUUGUUUUAGCAGAAGUGCGGGAUGAUGUAGGCGUGCAAUGCUUUCGAAACAUGUCGAUGCUGGGUGGUGUAGAGCCUUAACACGGGGAGAGGGCUGCAGGUGCUGCCCAACACAAGCUGUACAAUUGGGCGGGGAGCAAAAGCAAAAGCAACAAUUAAUUCCUAACAACAUUAACGGAGCAAACAGAAAAAAAAACAAAACUAUUUGUGAUGAUUUGUGUCCCUUUAAUCACACAGAGAGAGAGAGAAACACACAUACACACACAAACUGAACCAAUAAUGUGCAAUUUCUAAGCGAAUACAUUCCAAAUGUGUGUAACUGUGCCACCUCGUGUGAGCUGUGUGUUGUGAUGUGCGGUGUGAUGUCAAAAUGCAAGCAUCAAACAACAUAACGCCCGCCGAGGGGAGAAAAAAGAAUAAUUUAUGUGAAUAAUGUGGGCACACAUAAAAUGGUGGGCAGAGCAGAGAGACUCUACAGCAAAGCAAACCAACUGAACUGGACAUUCCUGAUGUAAUGAAAAAAAAAAAAAAGAAAAGUGAACACACACACACACAAAAAAGCUAAAGCAAAUGUAAACUAAUGACUGUUCCACGUGGUGUGAAAUAUGAUGAGUGGGGUGAAGAAAGCGAGCCGGUGGUGUGACCCGUCCCCUGUAAAAAGGGUGCGAGCUGAAUAGCGCGAGAAAUUUAUAUUUAUUGAUUGUCGUCGUAAUGUGUCGGAAUACGUCCGGCCGGAAAAAAGGGGACCACCGGCCCCGACCACAAAAGCGUGUCGUCACUCACUCUGUUUGCUGUUUUGUAAAACUGGAAAAGGGGCGGCUCCCACGAGCCCGCAAGCACAAAUCAACUGAAAGAGGUAAAACACAAAAAUCACUAACUAUAAAAAGCAAAAAACAGUAAAACAAACAAAACUUUAGCAUUAAAUGAAAACCAAUACAAGUAAGUAUGGGAAAAGGAAGCUAAACAAACACAAAAAGCAAGCAAGCAACCGGUCUGUCUGUAUCUCCUAAAGUUUGUAGAGCGUGUAGUAUGUAGCGUAGCUAAAAACAAAUCGUGUACGCAUCGUAGCAGAAGGGACGCAGUGUAGUAGUGUGGUCUUGGCGCAGGCAAAGGCGCAUUGGUGCGCGAACACAAAGUGCAAAUAGAUGGGAUCGUUGGAGGUUGGAGAGGAAAAACAAACACGGCAGGGCAAAAUAGGGCAAAAGGGAGCAAUGAUAAAACUGCGCCACACAAGCGUUGUGCUGUUUGUUUGGAUGAAAAACGCAACACACGAACAAGUUAAGAAAGAAAGAAAGUUAAGAAAACAGAAGAAGAAAGAAGUGGAUCAAAAAAAGAGGGUGAAAAAAGGAAAGAUGCAAGCGUCAAAACAUUCGAAUGUAAGUGAUUAGGUUUAGCCUACAUAUAUACACACACACACUCCCUCCCCCCCCCUACACACAUACAAAUUGCAUACUGAAUAGGCUCGCCUAGUUGGCUAAAUAGUAUUUUUUCCAUAUAGAUGAACCCCUCUACUGCGUUUACUACUUUGACUACAGCUACAAGCGGAAGCGAAAGGACAAGGAGCAAGAGAAAAUAGUAGAAGAAGAAGAAGAUGAAGAGGAAGAUACAAAAGACAGCCCCACAAAAUGAUGGAUUAAUGGUUAAAUUAGUAAGUAACAAACAAAUACAAAUAAAUGCAAACAACAACACACACACACACAGAAUUACACCACCCUUCCUACAACAGCCCUAAAGCAAAACAAACAAUAUAACAGAAUCAGAAACAUAAAAAUGGACACAAAAUAACUAAAUUACUGGAAUGUACACAAGCUGCAAUAAGAAACGAAACAGCAAACACUUCGCUUGUACUAAGUAACUAAGCGCUCAAACUACUAACACAUCUUGAAAUUGGCCAGGUUUUCCCCUCCACGCCGCCACCCCCCCGGCAACCAUCAAGCAGUGGACAAUAGAGAGAGAGAAAAGGGAGAGAACACCUAAUAACUAAUAGCAAAAAACAAACAAACAAGCAAAUAGCGCCUCUUCACCCGCAAAAGAAAGCAACAACAGGACAGAAAGAGAGAACAAAAAGCUCCCCCUUACAAAUCAAACCACAAAAAACAGUUGAACAAGUUUAUCAUUAAAAGACUGCUGUGAUUUUAACGUAAUAAUGAAUAAAAGAAAAAUAGAAAAGCCA